CUCUAUAGAUCCCCCACCGAUCGCUAUUCGAAGCUUCUCCGUUCCUUCCUCCCUCUCGUAAGCGCACGGUGACGACGGAGUGAGCGAGAGCGAGGCAACGGUCUUGGGCAGAUCCUAACUCCACUCUUUCUCUUUCUUCGGAAGGCGACGCAUCUUUGUUCCCUCAUUUCCUAUCUUAGGUCUCUCUCUCCGAUCCCUGAUGCAUGCUUUCCUAAUCGAUCAUCCAGUGCCAUAAACGUGGUGAUGGAGAUCACCCAGGUCCUGUUGUCUGCUCAAUCUUCUGAUGGGCAGAUUCGAACUGUUGCUGAAGCAAACCUUAAGCAGUUUCAGGAACAAAAUCUCCCUCUUUUUCUACUUUCUUUAUCUGUUGAGCUAUCAAGUGAACAAAAGCCUCCUGAGUCUCGGAGACUUGCUGGUAUCAUACUUAAGAAUUCCCUAGAUGCAAAGGAUGCAGUACGGAAGGAAGAACUGACUCAGAAGUGGGUCAGUGUGGAUGCAUCUAUCAAAGCCAAAAUCAAGGAAUCCUGGUUGCAGACUCUUGGAUCAUCAGUAUCUGAAGCACGUCACACAUCAUCCCAAGUCAUUGCCAAGGUUGCAUCCAUCGAGAUACCACGGUGUGAAUGGCUGGACCUUAUAGGGCGGUUGCUAAAAAACAUGACUCAGCCAGAUGCCCCUGCUCCUUUGAAGCAAGCAACCCUGGAGGCACUGGGGUAUGUUUGUGAGGAGGUAUGUCCUCAGGACUUGGAGCAGGAUCAAGUAAAUGCUGUUCUCACUGCUGUCGUUCAGGGCAUGAACCAGAUGGAACAUAGUUCUGAAGUCCGCCUUGCAGCUGUGAAGGCACUUUAUAAUGCUCUAGAUUUUGCUCAGACUAACUUUGAGAAUGAGGUAGAGAGGAACUUCAUCAUGAAAAUUGUCUGUGAGACUGCUAUGUCAAAAGAGUUGGAGAUCAGACAAGCGGCACUUGAGUGUCUUGUUUCUGUAGCCUCUACAUAUUAUGAGUAUCUUGAGCCUUACAUGCAAAGCCUCUUUGAUUUGACUGCAAAUGCAGUGAGAGUAGAUGAGGAGACUGUUGCUCUUCAAGCCAUUGAGUUUUGGAGCUCUAUAUGUGAUGAAGAGAUUCAAAUUCAAGAGGAAAUUGGGGAAGAUGGUGGGAGCUCUUCUCCCCAUUCUAAUUUUAUAAAACAAGCACUUCCUGUGCUGGUGCCAUUGAUGUUAGAAACAUUGCUGAAGCAAGAGGAUCAGGACCAGGAAGAUGGUGUUUGGAAUCUGUCUAUGGCGGGUGGGACCUGCCUUGGACUUGUCGCAAGAACCGUUGGGGAUGCAAUUGUGCCCCUUGUGAUGCCAUUUGUGGAGAAUAAUGUAACAAAGAGUGACUGGCGAAGUCAUGAGGCAGCUACUUUUGCAUUCGGGUUAAUUCUUGAAGGUCCAUCCAUUGAAAAGCUUGCACCACUUGUUCAUGCUGGACUUGAGUUCCUGUUGAAUGCAAUGAAUCACCAAAAUAGUCAUGUCAAGGACACAACAGCAUGGACCCUUGGUAGGAUCUUUGAGUUUCUGCAUUCUGCAAGUAGUGAAUAUCCAAUUUUGACUACCACAAACCUUCCCCGAAUCGUGUCUGUAUUACUGGAAAGUAUUAGAGAUGCUCCAAAUGUGGCUGAGAAAGUUUGUGGAGCCAUUUAUUUCCUUGCCCAGGGCUAUGAGGAUGACGGUUCCAAUUCAUCAAUGCUCACACCUUAUCUUGGUGAUAUUGUUUCAGCUCUCCUCUCUACAGCUGAUCGUACCGACACAAACAAUGUGAGGCUUCGUUCAUCUGCAUAUGAAACACUGAAUGAGAUAGUUCGAUGUAGCAGUAUACCUGAAACUUCAAACAUGAUUGCCCAUCUACUCCAUGAAAUCAUGACUAGAUUGAGCAAGACUCUGGAGCUUCAGAUCGUCUCUUCGGAGGACAGGGAAAAGCAGAGUGAUCUGCAAGCCCUGCUAUGUGGUGUUAUUCAAGUAAUAUUACAGAAAUUGAGUUACUCAAAUGAGACAAAGUCUAUAAUUUUUCAGUCUGCUGAUCAGAUGAUGAUCCUGUUUCUACAAGUUUUUGCUUGCCGCAGUUCUACCGUGCACGAAGAAGCAAUGCUUGCAAUUGGAGCCCUUGCUUAUGCCACAGGCCCUGAAUUUGCAAAUUGCAUGCAAGAGUUCUACAAGUAUCUGGAGAUGGGCUUGCAGAACUUUGAGGAAUAUCAGGUCUGCUCUAUAUCUGUUGGCGUGGUUGGUGAUAUCUGUCGUGCAUUAGAUGAAAAGGUUCUUCCAUUUUGUGAUGGUAUCAUGAGUCAACUUCUAAAAGACCUCUCCAGUCCUAUGCUUCAUCGGUCUGUAAAGCCUCCUAUAUUUUCAUGCUUUGGAGAUAUUGCUCUUGCAAUCAGUGAGCAUUUUGAAAAGUACAUUCCUUUUGUGAUACCGAUGCUGCAAGGAGCUGCAGAACUCUGCUAUCAACUUGAUGUAAAUGAUGAUGAUAUGCGAGAAUAUGGUAAUCAGCUUAGACAGGGUAUUUUUGAGGCUUACUCUGGCAUACUUCAGGGGUUUAAAAGUUCCAAGUCAGCUCUGAUGUUUCCUUACGCAAGUCCUCUUCUGAAGUUCAUAGAAGCUGUUGUUAUGGAUAAGAAUAGGGAUGAAGAGGUAACUAAGGCUGCCGUGGCAGUGAUGGGAGAUCUUGCAGACACUCUUGGUUCAAACACAAAGGUCCUAUUUAAGGAUGUUACCUUCCAUAUGGACUUAUUUGGGGAGUGUUUUCGAUCAGACAAUGACCAGUUGAAGGAGACUGCCACUUGGGCUCAAGGAAUGAUUCGACGAGUAUUAGUUUCUUAAGUGGAUAUAUCUUUCAACAGUCUAACAAAGGUUUCUUUGUCAGGUUAACAAGGUAAGGUUUCUGCAUGGUCUUCCGUAGUGUACCAAAGUUUCUGUUCGUGUUAUUUCUGCUGUUUCUGUGUUCUUACUGGCAGUGUUUUUCCACUGUAGACCAGGUGGUACAUGUGGUAUUUGAUUCACGAUCCACUAGUUUGUGGUCACAAAUUUCCUGCUCAAUCAAU